AUGAAUCUUUCUCAACUCACCCCCGAUCUCAAGCUAAAACUUCUUUCCAUGCUCUCUGCGUCAUCGUCCUCCUCGUCUUCAUCAUCUUCACCCUCCUCAUCCACAAGAACAACCUCCAAUAAGGACAUAGUUUCGGAGUUGGACCACACAAUUUCCAAACAAGACAAACAAUUCAUUCUCUCCGUGAUCAAUUCCAUUCAAGAACAAGGCUAUUUCAUCAAAGAUGAAUUUCAACCAAACGACUUGACACAACAAACAAAAGAGCAAAUGAUUGAAAUGAAAACAUCAUUACACCAAGCUGGAAUGGGAGAAGGAUCUACCAAAUACAUCAACUCCUCACUUCGAGGUGAUUUAUUCAAAUGGAUUUCGGAACACGAUGUUGAAGAGAAUACUCCACUCAGAAAAACUCUAUCCAAUUUGAAUAGAAUUCGUCAUGUUUUAAAUUACGUCUUUAAUUUACAAUUAGAUAGAAAUAGUAUACAAAUUGCAUUCUAUUCCAAUGGUGCUCGAUAUGUCCGUCAUGCAGAUGCCACACCAUUACAGUCACCCGAUCGACGAUUAACAUUUUUAUUAUACUUCAAUGAUAAAUCAAGUAUUGAUGGAGGUUCUUUACAAUUGUACAGAAAGGAACGAUCCUUUGACAACGAAUAUAGAACUCCCUAUGAAUAUCAAUUUAAAGAAAUUUCAGAAAAUCAAGUCACAGUGAAACCUUUGUUCAAUCGAUUGCUAGCAUUUUCAUCUGAAUAUUACCAUGAAGUGUUACCAUCACUUAGUGAUCGAUUUUCAUUGACCAUGUGGAUGUAUGGACAUGUAGAUGUAUGGCAAAGAAUUAGAGAAUAUUCUCGAACGACAAUUUUUGUUUCGAUUUGUGCAUAUAGAGACAGUGAAUUACAACAUACACUCAAAGAUAUGUUUGAAAAAGCUUACUAUCCUGAUCGAUUGAGAGUUGGAAUAUGUUUACAGGUUCAUGAGAAUGACUCUGUGAACGACGAAUUUGAUUAUAGAAAUCAAUCUUAUUCACAUCAAAUUAAGGAAAUUAUUAUCAAUUACAAGUCAUCGAAAGGACCAUGUUUUGCCCGAUUUUUAAUUCAGAAAUAUUUAUAUCAACAAGAAGAUUAUUAUCUUCAAAUUGAUUCACAUAUGAGAUUUGAUGAUGGAUGGGAUGUAACACUCAUCAAGCAAUUGCAUCAAUGUGAAGAAGAAGAAAAGUUCACAAGCAACAUGUCUGUCAAAAAAUCACCACUUGCAAUCUCCAAGUGUAUCCUUACCACAUAUCCUGUUGGUUAUGAAUUGCCUAACAAAAUUCCAGAACAUGCCCAACCAACAAUUAUGGUUGCAAAAUCCUUCACAAAAGAUGAGAAUGGUUUUGAAAUGUUGCGACUUGGAGCUCGUGUGAUGAUGCAACAUUUAUCCAAACCUGUAAAGAGUAUCUUUUUUGCUGCUGGAUUUGCCUUUUCACGUGGAAGUCUUGUAUUGGAAUGUCCUUAUGAAGAAUUGCCCUAUCUAUUCUUUGGUGAAGAAAUGUACAUGCUAGAGAAAUUCCACUCGAAAGCAUAUCAAAUUUAUUCACCAUCUGAACCAAUCGUUUAUCACUUGUGGUCGAGAAGUCACCGAAAAGCAUUGUGGCAAGACCAACAAGAAGAAUCCUCCGAUCGGAGGAUGGACAUUCGAUGGACAUUGUCAUGGAAAUCAUUUGUAGAGAAUCACUUUAAACAAUUUACAAAAACUACAGUGGUGAAUAUUGACAGUGUAGAAUAUGAGAGCAUCAAUGAUGCUGAACAGAUUCAAUGCAUCAAACAACAUUCUCAGCAUAUGGUUCAACGAAAGCUCAAAAUGAUAAACCCGCCAAUGACUUGCAGCGAUGAUUGCUCUCACCCAAACGAAGAUUCUUCUUCCUUCUUUGAGUAUUGUGGAAUUGACUUUACACAACGAAGGAUUUAUGAGAAGGCACAACGAGGAGGUUUACCACAGCACUACACCCUGAUUUGA